UAUGAAGACUACGCAUCCUGCUGAGGUAAGAGGGAGAGUUGAUAACUUUGAUUGAUAUCUCUUCUGUCAAAUCUACUUCCACUGCCAAAAGAUUCAACUCAUAUCUCCCUCCGUACACUCCUUCACUCCAUUCUUGCAAAUCCCAGAUCUGUGAAAUCGGUUCUUGAGGUAAAUGGCCCUGGUUACCACUGCUGAGGUGUGUGAUGCAAAUCCACAACUAAUUUUGAGCGGGGAGGUUCGUGCCCUUCACCCAGUUUUUCAGAUCUAUGGUCGGAGACAGGUUUUCUCUGGCCCUGUAGUUACCUUGAAGGUAUUUGAGGACAAUGUUUUGGUCCGCGAGUUCCUUGAAGAGAAAGGCAAUGGAAGAGUGCUUGUGGUGGAUGGGGGAGGGAGUUUGCGCUGUGCAAUAUUGGGCGGAAACCCUGUGGUGCAAGCACAGAACAAUGGAUGGGCAGGUAUUGUUGUGAAUGGAUGUAUAAGAGAUGUGGAUGAGAUCAAUGGUUGUGAUAUUGGGGUGAGAGCUCUAGCUUCACACCCCAUGAAAGCCAAUAAGAAAGGCAUGGGAGAAAAGCAUGUUCCCAUAACUAUUGCUGGGACUAGGAUCUCUGAUGGGGAAUGGCUUUAUGCUGACACAGAUGGAAUUCUGAUAUCUCGAACCGAGCUUUCUGUUUAAAUUGAUGUGUUUGGAUUUCCGUUACAUUCGUCUAAAAGCACUUUUGUUCAAAUCCAUUAACAGACAUGGAUUUCUGUUGAAGUGCUUUUAACCGUUGCUAACAUAAAUCCAUACUUAUAUUUUUCGACAGGCAUUUCCUGGAGUAGUGCUUUCUGUACUUGUGUUCUUGACUCGGUUUCCUAGCUUCCACGACAUUGUAACGCUAUUAAUCACCAUGAUAAUGAAAGUAGGUUGGAGUGUUUGUCCAUUUUA